GGUCGGUCCGGGCUCCCAGCAGCGGGCCAGUGCCCCCAGCCAGCCGGCUCUUGGGGAAGAUGCCAGAGCAAAGCAACGACUACCGCGUGGUGGUGUUCGGUGCUGGCGGGGUGGGCAAGAGCUCGCUGGUGCUGCGCUUCGUGAAGGGCACGUUCCGUGACACGUACAUCCCGACCAUCGAGGACACCUACCGGCAGGUGAUCAGCUGCGACAAGAGCGUGUGCACGCUGCAGAUCACAGACACCACGGGCAGCCACCAGUUCCCGGCCAUGCAGCGGCUGUCCAUCUCCAAGGGCCACGCCUUCAUCCUGGUGUUCUCCGUGACCAGCAAGCAGUCGCUGGAGGAGCUGGGGCCCAUCUACAAGCUCAUCGUGCAGAUCAAGGGCAGCGUGGAGGACGUCCCAGUCAUGCUGGUGGGCAACAAGUGCGACGAGGCCCAGCGGGAGGUGGACACGCACGAGGCGCAGGCUGUGGCGCAGCAGUGGAAAUGCGCCUUCAUGGAGACGUCGGCCAAGAUGAACUACAACGUCAAGGAGCUCUUCCAGGAGCUGCUCACGCUCGAGACGCGCCGCAGCGUGAGCCUCAGCGUGGACGGCAAGCGCGCCGGCAAGCAGAAGCGGGGCGAGCGGGCCAAGGGCAAGUGCAGCCUCAUGUGACCGCGCCGUCGCCACCGCACGGCACCAACACCAACACCAACACCACCGCCGCCACUCGGACUAGGCCCCUCCACCAGCGGGCCCUCCCCCUCCUCCUCCUCGUCCUCCUCUUUCACCACCUCUCCUCCCUCCUCCUCCAUCUCUGCUGGGGAAACCGAGGCUGCCCAGCCAGCCCUCCGCAGCACGGGGGCUCCCGCCCAGCCCCUGCGGCGCCAGCUCUUCCUCGCCCCGCCCCUCUGUCUGCCGUCCUGACCCGUCCCCUCCCAAAGCCUAGAGCUGCAGGUGGCUCCCUUGUCCUGCGGAUGGGAACAUGGGGAAUUGGCCAGAAGAGUUGUUUGUCCCAGCCGGGACCAGAGAAGCCGCCUUUCCGAGGACCCGAGUCUCUGUCCCCCUGUUCCUUUGGGGGCCCCAGCCAGACCUCCAUCCCUGUCCCUCACAUUUGAUCACUGUGACCUCCCAGAGGAGGGGGCUGAAAUGCACAGCGACCUCAGAUUCUCCUUCCUUCUCCUCCCUGGUGUUGAACAUGCAGCCCGUGCCCCCCCGUCCCCCACGACCUCUGUCCCAGCCACGUCCCUCCUCUGGUCCCUGUCUGCACAGCAGGUGGAGGGGCCCGCGGGAUGGGCCUCAGGCCACCAGGCAAUAACCACAGGGCCUGUGCAGCGCCCCCUCAGCCUCAGCCCCACCCUGGGACCCACGCAGCCACAGCACAAGCUGGGGUGGUCCGGCCCACCCCGCGGCCUGGUACCUCCACUCAGACAGAGACCUUGGCAUGGAAGCCGGGCAGUGCCAGCACCCUGGUUGGGAAUCUGAGGUGCUGGGGCGGGGUGGCGGGAGAUAUCACCUGAGCCCCCGCCAGGGCCGGUCGCUGGGAUCCAGCACCAGCAGGAUGCGUGGAGGCCCCCGGGGGCCCCACUUCCUCCUGCCAACCGUGCCCCAGAGAUGGGGCCCUAGGAAGUCUCCCCGGGUCUGGGGUCUCUGCAGCCAUGAGACGUGGGGUGUCUGUCAGCGCCUGGGUGACUUCCCCGGGACUCCAGGUCCUGUCCCGAGCUAGGUGAAGGUGGCUGGGAAUGACAUAUUCAUGCACCCGUGUGUGUCUGUGCUUGGGACGGUGUGUUUGGCAUCUGUUAUAAAGGCCGCGGUCACAUGUGGGGUGGGUGGUGUGGCCAUUUGUGUACAGUUGUUGACAAGACCGGGUAUUUGUGAUCUGUCUGUGUGAGUCUUUGUACCUGUUUGAACAUGGCUGUGUUUUCAGGAGUGAGUGACAUGGUUUAUCUGUGAACCUGUUUGUUCUGACACUCUGAGGAUCAAUGUGUCUGCUCCAGUCUGUUGCAAGCUGGCUCUUGGCUAGAAGACUGUAUCAGUCAGCUAGAGCUGUGUAAGGAGUCCACCAGUGUAGCAGCCUAAAGUGACACACGCUUACUGUCUUGAAGCUUCUGUGGGUCAGGGGCUUGGGUGGGGGUGAGUUGGAUUUUUUUCCUUGGGAUCUCACUAGGCCACAAUGAAGGUGUUCACUGGAGCCAGGCAUGGUGGUGCACACCUGCCAUCCCUACAUUCUGGGAGGCUGAGGCAGAAGAAUCUCAAGUUAGAACUCCCUUGGGCAACUUAGUGACUUAGAGAGACCUCGUCUCAAAAUAACAAAUUAAAAAAAGGGCUUGGUGCAGCCGGGUAUGGUAGCGCAUGCUGUAAUCCCAGCACCCGGGAGGCUGAGGCAAGAGGAUCAUUGUGAGUUCAGGACCAGCCUGGGC